UACUUUGAAACAAUCCAAGGACGUCCUAUAUACUUGAGAGAGGGAGAAAGAGAGGUUGAAGAUGAUAGAGAUUGAUCAGAUGUAGACAUCAAUGGCAUGGACCCGGUUUUGUCUGCCACCAUCUUUCAAUGAUUUUGUGCUGUUGAGAAGAAGGCACCAACAUAUCAUAAAAUCUUUUUCUUUCCCCCCUCCUCCCUCCUCCUCCUUCUCUCUUUUGUAUUCUUUGGGUUAUUAUCAAUGGCUGGGAUGCUUCCUGGAGUGGAAUGUGCUCGAAGGAGACGGUUCCAUCAGAGUGGAGCUUGCUCGGAUUCACAAAUUACUAUGGCUGCACAUGGUGGGACAAGAAGAUCGUCAUUCUGCCUUUACAGAAGCAACCACGAACCCCAACAUCAUAACUCUACUUCACUGACAAGAAGUUUAUUAAACCAAGCACACCAGGAUGAGAAGCUAGGAGAAGUAGCCAGAGAAGCCAAGGAAAGAUUAGAUGAAAGGUUGAGAACACAAAGAAAAACGAACACCAGAAGCAAAGAGAGCAUGAAAUGUGUGGAGGACAGAUCGAUGGUAUUAGGGGAGUUGCAGACGGAGGUGUUUGGGACUAAGAAGGGUGGCACAAGGAGGUUUAGUUGGGCCAAGUUGAACUGGAAGGCAUCGGACCAAGACGAGUGCGCUGUUUGCCUGGAACAGUUCAAGGCCGGAGAGACCCUGGUGCACCUACCCUGUGCACAUCGGUUCCAUGUGAAAUGUUUGGUGCCAUGGCUACAGAACAAUGCCCAUUGUCCUUGUUGCAGAAUGGGGAUAUUAAUCAUGUCACGGUAACUUUGAUGAUUUUCUUCUUCGCAGUUAUAGUUUUUAGCAUUUGGUUGUACGCUUUUUGCAUGUUUGUCUAAAACUACCAAAUAUAUUUUUCGUUGAAGUCAACCUUUAAUUGGGAAGAGAUCCAUGUACAGACUUAAUUAUGAUCUUAUUCUCCAAAAGUCUUGAACAAGGCCGAACAAAAUUAAGUUGAUCUUAUUCUCCAA